AUGAUAAUAUCCAGUCAGCAACACGACGUGCACGCGGUGCCGAAGUCGCAGUUCGAGGUGCGGAUGGUCCUGACGAUCCGUAAUCUGCAGAAGCAGGACGUGGGAACGUACAAAUGCGUGGCGAAGAAUUCUCUGGGCGACGUGGAGAGCAGUAUUCGUUUGUACGAGAUCUCGGGACCGUCCAAGACGCAGACGGCGGCCAGGCCGUCGUUCUACGACGAGGAGGACGAGAUCGUUUACGGUUCCGCGGAGAUGGACAAGAUGGAGAACAAACUCUUGUCCGUGGACAACGCUAUCAAUGGAGCAGGAUAUCCGUCGUUGGCGAGUCCUGUGCCCACGGUUAGAGUCGGCAAGAAGAGGCCGACCAUCGGCGCAAGUUCCACGGCGAUUCGCGGUCCGGCUCCUCGUCCUUUGAUCGUGGUUGCGGUGCUGUUGGUCGUUCGUCGGAGGUGCCAGUGAACGAGAGAGGUUUGGAAUAUAUCUGUUGAAUCGAGAACGUAACGGCGAGCGGAAACGGUGUGCGGCGCGCGUUCCUUCUCGACCGAGUCGAGAUCGUCUUCCCUGAGUGGCUUAUUCUUAAAUCGUAGUUUUAAUAACGGAAACGAAAAGGAGCAACGGCGAGCCAGCGGAGAGCAGCACCGGUAACCGAUUAGGGAGAGAACGAGGCCGGUUAGGGCGGAAAGAAACGCGAGAGGGAAAGAUAGAAGGGCAGGUUGUACGAGUUCUAGCAGUGUACGAGGUGUCCUGUGUAGAGUGCGAUACAGUAGAUUAUGUGUUAGCUUGUUCCCAAAAGUUCCUUCUGUUUUAUCGA